AUGUGGCGGAAGCACCGAGACUUAUUCCUUCAUGAAAUGAUCUGUCUCAAAGGAGGAUGUAGUCAAGCUGGUACUCAGUCUUGCUUGGGAUGUAAUUGUCCCAGCCCGGAGUACCGCUGUGAUGACUGCUUAGGGUCAGAGCUCUAUUGCUCAAGUUGUAUCUUGUUGGCCCAUGUGCGCCACCCACUUCACUGUUUGCAGAAGUGGAAUGGUCAAUACUUCGAGAAAAUAUCACUGAAAACCCUGGGCCUUCACAUCCAGCUUGGCCACACCACUGACGAAAGAUGUCUUAAUCCUCAUCGCGCCUUCAAAGAUGACUUUGUCAUUAUCGACACCCACGGUAUACACAAAGUGUCCCUUGACUUCUGUGAUUGUGCAAUAGCCGAAAGCCAUGUGCAGCAGCUGCUUCGAAUAUCAUGGUUUCCUUCAACAACAUCAGAUCCAAAAACCACUGCAACGUUCCAUGUUCUCGAGCAGUACCACAUACUCUUGUUCGAGUCAAAAGUGUCUAUGUACAAAUUUUAUCACGCGCUCAGGCAGAUGUCCAACAACACUGGCCUACUUCCUGUCAAGAUAAGUGGGACGGCUGAAGGUGAAUGUGCCAUAUUGUGCCCCACAUGCCCACACCCAGGGAAGAACCUGCCAGCUAAUUGGAAAGAUGCCCCUCAACAGUGGUUAUAUGGCCUAUUCCUCAUGAUUGACACAAAUUUCCGAUUAAAAUGCAAGGCUGUCUUGAAUGACAACAUUGACCCAAGCCUGAGUCAGGGCUGGGGUUAUUUUGUGGAGGAAGAAGCUUAUAAAGGCUUCUUGUGUAGCAGCGCAGACAGCAUCCAAGAGGUAAGCUGUUAUUUGGUUUCUGCAGCUGGCAACCUAACAUGGGCAUGUAGAUAUAUUAACAUGGAUUACUUAUUCUUUUCAACACUUUGUCAUACUGUACUUGACACUCUCAACUGGCACAAAAAGUUAUGGAACCGCAUGAGUGCCUUUCCAUUGUCAAUGCACCUCUCACAUGCCAUCAAGACCAUCUCAUUUUUCAUGCCUAAGUUCCACCUACCCGCUCAUAUCGAGCAGUGCCAAACCUCGUUCUCAUUUAAUUUCAAGAGCGGGGUAGGAAGGACCAACGGAGAAGCACCAGAACAUGUCUGGGCUAACAUUAACCCUGUUGCUUCAAACACCCUUGACGACUACUUCGGAGACUCAAACUGGAAAAAAGUAGUUGGACUUGGUGGGUCUAUUUUUCUGGCUAGGGAGGACCAGGUUGACCUUCAAACAGGGACUUACCUUACCCUACACAAGGACUGCACUCCAAGUGUAUUUAUCAGUACUGGUUUAGAACUCGAGGAGCAUCAACGGCAAAUGAAAGCAGACAGAGCUGGUCUCAGAGUCCAUGCGAUGGACAAUCAAGAAGAAAAGAUACUUCAGCAAAGCAACACUCUCCGACAGAGGAUUGAUGCAUGGGUGAAGAUGCAGGAGUUAUAUAUGCCGUUUCUCACUGCACUACGUGUGAGCGAGGGCUCAGUAUCUAACAAUGGGCCCACUGCACCAGAAGCAAUCAAGCUCUGGCUGCCAUCCCAUAUCAGUGGGACCGUGCAUUGUGACACCCAUCUCCAAGUCAUCAAAUGGAAGCUGCGGUAUGGUCAAGCUCACAAUGCACUCCGAUCUCUACAUUCAAACUUACGUGCUCAGACUGCAAUCCUCAAGUAUAAGGACCGGCACCUUCAUGGACAAGGAGCAAACACAUGGGCGCGGAAUACAUUGAAAGCUGUUGAAGUGAGGAUCGAGGCCGCUGCCAGGACUUAUGAGCAUGCACAUAAAUCCCUCGUUGUUCUUGCACCACAAGUGAAUCAGACCCAGUCUGGGUGGCACUCAUCACUGCGGCCACUAGACCGAGCUGACAUCUGCUCAAUGACAGACAUACUAUGGGGAGAAUUGGAGGGAAUGAGAAAGUUGUCAUGGAUCUGGAGUAUAUGGGGAGCAGCUCCGAAUGAGAUGGACAAGGACAAUAUCUUGGAAGAUAUACAAAUAGAAUGGUGUAAAGCUAGGGCAUGGGCGAUGUACUGGGCAGAAGAGGUUGAAUUGUUGAAGGAGGAGAUGCAAAGGAUUCAGCAAUUUUUUGAGUGGGAUGUGCAGCGCUGGGACGAGUGGGGCCUAGGAAAUGCACUACAAGACACAGAUCAACGCGAGGGACAUAUGGCAUAUGCCAAACGUCAAGCCAUUUUAUGUUGA